AUGGCCUUUGAGGAUCUCCUACCUAAAGUUGGAGAUAAGGGAAGAUUCCAGAUCCUUCAGGUCACUUCUUUUGCUAUCUCUUUAAUAUUCAUAGGUAGCCAUUUUCUGAUAGAGAACUUCACUGCCUUUGUCCCUGAGCACCGGUGCUGGGUUCACUUCCUUGACAAUACCUCGGAUUUGCUCAAUGUCAGUGGGGAUCUUAAUUUUAGCUCCUUACUAAAGCUUUCCAUCCCCCUGGAUUCCAAUGGGAAAGUAGAAAGGUGUCGCCGAUUCCUCUGGCCACAGGGGCAGCCCUUGGAUCCAAAUGUCACAGGACAAAACCUGAGCCAGCUAGAGAUGGAGCCAUGUGUGGAUGGCUGGGUCUAUGAUCAAAGCCUCUUCACUUCUUCCAUUGUGACUGAGUGGGACCUGGUGUGCGACUCCCAGACACUGAAGUCCUUGCCUCAGUCAAUAUUCUUUGCUGGGAUUCUGGUGGGAUAUCUCAUAUGGGGCUAUUUCUCAGACAGGUUUGGGAGAAAAGGGAUGCUGUCCCCAAGUUACCUCAUGCUGGCUGUUUCUAGCAUUGGGGUUGCCUUUGCCCAGUCAUUCCCAGUUUACUGUUGUCUUCGCUUCCUGCUUGGGUUUUCAAUAUCAGGAGCCACACUUGGCAGUGGGACCCUCGUCCUGGAAUGCACCGCCAGCCAGUACCGGCCCCUGGUAGUAAUCAUGUUUGGUGUAUGCAUCAGCCUCGGCCAACUCUUUAUUGGGGUUCUGGCCUAUGGCAUCCAGGAAUGGCGGAAACUCCAGCUGGUAGUGUCUGCUCCCUCCUUUGCCUUCUUCUUGGCUACUUGGUGGUUGCCAGAAUCUGCUGGAUGGCUGAUUGUCCACAACAAAUAUGAUGAUGCCUUAAAGGUGCUCAGGAAAGUCGCAAAAAUCAAUGGAGUAAAGGAUGAGACCCUGACUGUAGAGGCUUUGAGAUCCACUGUGGAAAUGGAGCCGGUUGCAGCAGAGACCCAUUACACCAUGUUGGAUUUGGUCUGCUUACCCAUUCUGCGUACAAGAAUCCUCUGUUUGUCCUUUGCAGGUUUCACAACAAGAAUGCUUUUUUAUGGGCUCUCUCUGGAUCUUCAGAACCUGGGGAGCAAUAUUCAAAUGCUCCAGGUUCUUUUUGGAGCUUCUGCCUUCCUAAGCAGGGUUGGGGGCUUGUUCGUCAUGAACCGCCUUGGCCGUCGAACAAUAGCAGUGGCCUGCCUCCUUCUUGCUGGACUGUUCAUACUUCCCAGUGCAUUUCUGCCUCAAGGAAUUUUGCGUGUGGUUUUGGCAAUACUAGGAAUCACCUGUAUUGUGAUCUGCAUUUCCAGUGAUGGUGUCUAUUCUACAGAGCUCCUACCCACCGUAGUCAGGAACACAUGCAAGGGAUUUAUUUUCACGGGAGAUAGAAUUGGGGCAAUGCUGGCCCCAUUAGUGAAUACACUCAGGCACAACAUUGCAGCCCUGCCUCAGAUCAUCUUUGCCAUCAUAGCCAUCACUGCCAGUCUUUUGGUCUUCUUCUUCCUCCCUGAAACUCAGAACCAGCCAAUGCCUGACACCAUCCAAGAUAUAGAACGUGGACAUUCAAGAGAAGAAGCAAGACCAAGAGAGGAGGGUGACCGUGCAGUGAAAAUAAGCCAGUUUUAA